UGAGCAGGAUUCAGUAUUGCUGGUUCUUUUCAAAAAUUCCUCUUGGCUUAUAAGUCUUUUGUUCCAAUCCAGGAGAAAUCCGGUGAAUCACCUAAUUAAAAUCAAGACAUGAAUUAAGCAUCCAUUUUUGUACUACAAAUUGCCAGCGCUACGUUUGUCCCUCCCCUGGUCUCCAUUAAAAAACACCAGAGACGUUGUUAAAGGGGGGCAGAUUUUGCCUCUAGCUGCCAGUUCUGCUUUCUAUUUCACUGACUAUCCCAGGACCUAAAUUGCUUGGCUAUGUAAUUACUAGAGUAUAAGCCUAUUUAACUUAAAAGCUUUCUUUUUUUUCCAACUCUAAAUGAAACUUGAUGAGGGCCCGUCCUUAGUUAUCAGGGGAGUCAGUUUCUGGUCAGUCCUCUUGAUUCAUCUCUUUUAGAUUUAAUCAGCAUUAAGGUAUUGCUUGUCCUUAAGAGCUUUAGCUAAUGGGGUUACUGGAUGCUUUUCUCAGUGUAAUGUUUCCUUUUCAAAAAAAUAUACAUAUAUAUUUACCUCUCACCAAAGAUGGGGGCGGGGAAGAGCUUGGAAUCUCCUCCCUCCCUCUCCCCUUUUAAAAAGGAAUUCGGAGCGAUUAAAACGUUGGGGGAAACAGUUUAAAGACCUCGGGCAGGAAAUGCAGAUUCAUUUGGGUUAGGGCUGAAAUUGUAACAAAAAGCAAUUCCUCGAGUAAAUGCAUCAGAUAAAUCAAUUUACAUAAAGGUAUGAUGCAUUCGGAUAAAUGCAAUGCUAAUGGGUUUUAGAGUGGUCCUGUUUCCAAAGUCUCAGGGUUUUGUUACAGCUUAAUUGGUGCAGUUCUUAUUCUGGUUUAUUGUGCGGUCACUGGACACACGUUCCGGGACUCUUUCGGAGGAAAUGUGUUUAAAAUCGGCCUAUUUAAGGAACCCGAGUCCUUGUUUCGUUCCCUUCCCCUGGUUUUUUUGCAGCAGCCAAGUUGGGCCGGGGACAGGCAAAGUUCGCCCUCUCCCUUCUGAGGUAUCAGCUGAACGUCUUGAGCAGAUAGCCGGGAGCCUCGGGGGGAGCCUACACUCUCGGCUUACAGAGGACAAAGACAAAACAGGCUGCUUAAUUGGCAGUAAAUAACUUGAUCUUUUUAUAGAAUAAGUGACUGGAGGAACACUAGGACUUUAUUGGACUCAGGAUUGGAGGCAACAAAUUAAUCGGUUUAGGCUAAGCUUUAUAAAUUGAUUCCUAUAUUAUACCCCAGUUGCUUCUCGUGACAUUCAUUAGAAAGAGUAGGGAAUUUUUAAAAGCAGUUUUUGGUGACAGCAGGACUGGCUCCUAUAUAACUUGUGCAUCCUUUAAUAGUGCCUUCCCGCAUAUUAUCUGUAACGCCCCCCCUCCCCCCUUUGGAGGAACAAAGCUUUAGCAUUUAAAUUGCUGAUCAAGGGCAGAUUAGUGAGACCAAAGUGGAGAGUGUUUGUAUAGGAAGUUAACAGGCAUCCUAAAGUUCAAUGAUCUAUUAUUCUUGCCUGUGUCCUGAAAACCCAGAGAAAACACUCAUUGAUCUUCAAAAUGAAAUGAGAUUUGGAACAAUAAUGGGAGAUGGCGGUCACCACAAUGGCAUGUGAAAGGUGCUGUUUAAAAUACGAAAAACCAGUUUCGCAACUUUACACACCGCACCCCCUCCCUCGCGUCCCCUCGCUCCCCUCCCACCAUCACGCUCUCCCUCUCCCCUCUGCCGGUCCCUCCCUCCCUCCCUUUCAGAAAACCCAACUAUUUCCAACUUGUGAACUGCAGCUGCACUUCCCAGGGCAGAGCUCGGGAGAGAACGUGGCUCCGGCGGGGGCCGCCUCCCCACUCCCCUCGGCUAGCUCUCCCGGCUCGGCUGGGGCCGGGGAGGGGCCGGGCGCGGCGACCAUGGUGAAUCCGGGCAGCAGCUCACAGCCGCCCCCGGUGACGGCCGGCUCCCUCUCCUGGAAGCGGUGCGCAGGCUGCGGGGGCAAGAUUGCGGACCGCUUUCUGCUCUAUGCCAUGGACAGCUACUGGCACAGCCGGUGCCUCAAGUGCUCCUGCUGCCAGGCGCAGCUGGGCGACAUCGGCACGUCCUGUUAUACCAAGAGCGGCAUGAUCCUUUGCAGAAAUGACUACAUUAGGUUAUUUGGGAACAGUGGUGCCUGCAGCGCAUGCGGACAGUCGAUUCCUGCCAGCGAGCUCGUCAUGAGGGCCCAAGGCAAUGUGUAUCAUCUUAAGUGUUUUACAUGCUCUACCUGCCGGAAUCGCCUGGUCCCGGGAGAUCGGUUUCACUACAUCAAUGGCAGUUUAUUUUGUGAACAUGAUAGACCUACAGCUCUCAUCAAUGGCCAUUUGAAUUCACUUCAGAGCAAUCCACUACUGCCCGACCAGAAGGUCUGCUAAAAGGUCAGAGUAAUGCAGAAUGCGUGCCUUCAUCUCAGACUUUGUUCAUCACAGGUGGAUCCCAUGUGUCUUCAGUAGACAGGUCACCUUUGUAGCUAGCACCAGUGCCAGCUCCAUGCCAUUGCACCUUCUUUAGUCUUGACUGCCCUUCCCGCAUUUAUUGGUGUAUUAAAAUGACUGAAUAUGAACAUUAAGGACUCCAUGAACCUGGGCUAAUGGGGAGACUGUAGAGAAAAUGAAAAAAGAUCCACCGGAGGACAUCUUUGGGGGGGGGAGGGAGCUUGGGAGGAGGGAAAUGACUAAUGAAGCUAAUUAAAAGAAGCAUUCAAAUCUGCUUUCUACCCUCAUUAACAAUUAGCAGGGCACUGGCCAGAGUUUGUACCCUGUGUUUUACCUUAACAACAUUCUAUUUGCUCUUUGUAUAUUUAAGUGUUGUAAGGAAAUGUGUUUCAAUCAAAACUGAACAUGAGAUAAAGGAAAGAGAUGUGGCUUUUGUGAUAUUCUAUCACAAACACUUUUAUUGUAUCUCUGUAAAAUACAAUGUAUGUAUGCAUGUAAGUGUUCUUGUCCUAAUGUUGCUACUUCCAUGGCAAAGAAAAGAAAAAAAGAAUGAAAAAAAAAAAAGAAAAAAAUUGGAAAAAAAAAUCAGGCUCAUAGCAGCUACUGUGUAGAAAUUUCCCCCUACUUCUAAUUUGCUGAAUGAAGAAAAAAAUCUUUUAUUUGUGAUAUUUUCAGAGACAUUUGCUCUAGUAUGGUGUAUUUAAAUAAUAAAAACUUAAAAGAAAAAAUA